AUGGCAAGUGCGACGAACGAACCUCUUCAAGGAUUGGCAGAUAAUGACGCAAUUAUGGACGAGGCGAUUCCAUCCCUUUUCACCGAUCCUCCCGCCACGGAGGAAUCCAUGCAGUACAAGUUAAGUCUCAAAAGAGGCUACAAGCGCCAUCAACGAGCCCAGAGGCAGCAGCUUCCGCCCUGGUUCAUCCAACGGAAGGCGCAGCAGCUCCGGCUGAACGAGAUGCAAAUAUUUCGUCUCCAAACCUGUGGAUUCAUCGAGGAGGUACAAAAUGACUAUCAAGCAAGGAAUGACCCCGACAGUAUCGCACUACCAGUUCAGAUGGCUUCAGGGGCUCAUCUCGCAUUUCUUGCUGCCAUCAGGAAUGAGAUGCGAGGAUGUCUCGACAAGUCACUCUCACGGAUGAACCUCGAUCUCGAUAACGGAGAUUUGGCUGCGAAUAUUGAGGACUUUGGAGGUCCCAAUGCAAAGUUCACAAUUCUGAUGGACGAACCAUUGGGAUAUCGGCACAACGUUCUUGCACGCAUCAUAUUUGUGUACCACUUCCUUCAACAAAAUGCGGAUGGCGUCUUGAGUGGCUAUGAUCUCCCGCCUGAUGCUUCCAUACCGGACGUUGUCCUCGCGCGAGUCACUUCCCAUGUCAAGGCAAGAAUCGCUACCGAAAGGAAAAACGAUGUGUUCCGAGCCCUGGAGGAACGUGAGCAGCUUUCAGCACUCAAGAGACGAGCUGGACGCCGUUAUCAGAAAUGUAAAUCCCGACAAAAAGUGGCAAUGGCGGAACCCGGCCUCCAGGCCCUCCAGGCCUACGUUUCUGUCCACUCUGCCAUGCAUAGUGACGAGGAAUCAGAAGAUGAAUCGACAACUGGAAACGAAGGUGGAGAUCGCCCAAAAAUCCUCGCUGUUAAGGAACUUCCAUGGCGCAAUCCACUCCUAGGUGCACUCUUCCACGCUUUGGAUGUCAUCGAGCCCAACCAGCGCAAGAUUAAGGGAACAUACCAGAUCAAUAUUGUCCCCAAACCCUCCAAGCAAUUGAGGCGGAUCUUCUUGUUGGAGGACUCCCAGAGGAAGGUUCAACCCAAAAUGCCUCGAAACUUUUACGAGGAAAGCUUCUUCAGGGAGCUCGAGGCAACUGGGGAUUAUCAUCGACUUUGUCCUGCACCUUCGACUCCUGCGGCACUCCCUAGUUUCGCCGCCUAUGAUCGAUACAUCAAGGAGCAUUAUCCAUGGGCCGUUGGGCAAUGGGUCUCCCACAUUUACGACUGUCUGAACUGCUCAGUCCCAACACAGGCUCUGAAGGAAACCAUGUGUAGGCUUUCCGUCGACUCCGUUGCUCACAAAGCCCUCGGUACAGAUUCAACCCGACCCGACUGCCGACCGCCGGUUCCGACACUGCAAAAGUACCCGGCCGAUUCGCGCAACCAUGUUGUGCUCAUUCGAAAGAGCCGUUUCUGUGAAGUUGCAAUUGGUGUCGGCGAGGAGCUCUCCGUGGCAGACUUGGAGGCUUUGAUCACCAAGGUUGUCAGAGCGGCAGACAAGAUCGGUGCUGGACAUGCUGUUGGUGCACUCACGAGCGAUAAUAAGACUGGAGAAGGUCGUCUGCUGCAUCUGUCAGACGGGUCUCCAGAUGGGUCUCCAGACGGGUCUCCAGAUGAGCCUCCAGACGGGGUUUUAGACCGGUCUCCAGACGGGUCUCCAGACGGAUCUCCAGAAGGGUCUCCAGAUGAGCCUCCAGAUGGAUCUCCAGACUGGUCUCCAGAAGAGCCCCCAGAUGGGGUUUUAGACCGGUCUCCAGAUGGGUCUCCAGACGGAUCUCCAGACGGGUCUCCAGAAGAGCCUCCAGACGGGGUUUUAGACUGGUCUCCAGAAGAUCAUCCAGACAAGUAUCCGGACUGCGACAUUACCAACCUGGUCGGAUGCAUACUCACUCAUCAACUCCCCUUUCAGACCUACCUGGCAUCCUAUUUCGUAUUCGUCGACGUUACCUUGGUCGCCCAAUACAUCUAUUACUACAAGCCUAGCCCACCAACCUCGCCCUCAGUAUCGCUAACUCCUUCUCCUACACUCUCUCCAGCAGUCACUCUGACUCCCACAGGCGUGAUCUACGCGCCAAGGUCUCUCACGCGACCACACUCACGCACUCCCCUUUUAUCCAUCGACGAACUCGAAGCAGGCCACCGGGCAUACGACGGAAGGGAGCGGAGUCAUCCACGUGCUGGAAGUAUUCGCUUUACAGGCGUCAUGGCCGCCUACCCACCUGCGGGACUGCUCCCAAGCUCGGAAGAGCUGCAUGUGGCUGCGAGUGGCACCGUCAAAGCGCGCAAGAGUUUGAGCAAGCCGAGCAUCAACAGCUUGCGACUCCGACUCGAGAGUAUGGGCGACAAGGGCAAGGAAAAGGAAGGCGCACACCGAAAGGAGAGGACGACGGAUGAUGGAGAAGAAGACGACGAGGUCACUGCCUUGACAGAUAGUGUUUACUCCGAGGCAUCGGUUGCGACUACGUCUGGUGGACGGCGUGUCGUGGUCCCGAGGAGCGUCCCAUAUCACAAUGCCGCGACGACUAUCAGAGAUUGA